AUGUCAUUACCAAUGGAUUCAGACAAUCGUGGGAAAGAGAGGGAGAGAGGAGCCCGCCCGAAAGUGAGACAGAGCCGGUCAGAGGAGAGACGGGAAACAGGAGCUGGCAGAAAAUCUGGAAAAUCAAAGAAAAAAGGCUUUGCAGCGAAUGAUGCCACUGCAGAGCGCCCAGUGAGUGAUGGCUUUGAGUAUGGAGAGCUUCUGAAUAAUCUAGAAACCAGGGACACUUUGACAUUUUCGUCUCUGAAGGAGAGGUGGGAGGAAUCAGAAACUACUGGCUCUGUUUUAGGACAGGAGAGGGCACUCACUAGGCCAGGAUUUGUCACAGUGGGUUCUGUAUCAGAUAUACCUGCGUCUGCUGAUGUCGAGGGCAGAGGAUCCAACAACAGCCGUACCUUCAGGCAAAAGAUCCAGGAUGCAAUGGGCCAGUGCUUUCCAAUAAAGACUCAUAGUACAGCAGCGACACCUGUGCCUCCACAGUCUCCGUCAUCAUCACUCUGUCCAUCCUCAAGACGCAAGAUCCAUCUUAGUGAGCUGAUGCUGGAUGACUGUCCUUUCCCUGUAGGAUCAGAAUUGGCUCAGAAAUGGUACCUCAUUAAGCAGCACACAGCCCCAAUAACACAGCCACCCAUACUUGAUUCUGCCGCAGUUUCUAGUGCUCCACCUGUAGUUUUGGCUACUAUGGUGGAGGAUGUUGAUGACAAGUUACGUGAACGUCGCAGAAUCAGCAUUGAACAAGGUGUUGAUCCUCCACCCAAUGCUGAGAUCCACACAUUUGAGGUCACUGCUCAAAUGAACCAGCAUUUCAAACAUGGCCCUAAACUGGCACAUGGCAUGAAUGAUUUAACGGAAAGUGACCGUGCCAGUGCCCUCCAGCAGCAGCUGCUCCUGCAGAGGCAGCAGCACCAGCUUCUCCUUCAGAGCUGCCUCGAUACACUGGACGAGGUGGUGGCCUCUGCCUCCACCCAAGCUGCCGACUCUGACUCUAGUGAGAGCUCCGAAGCAUCUGCGAGUGACCUGCCGUCUAGAGCCAUAGUGCCUCAGACUGAGUCUCACAAAUGUACUGACGGCUUCCGUAUCCACACUCAGAUUGACUACAUUCAUUGUUUGGUUCCAGACUUGCUCCAAAUAACCAAUUUGUCUUGUUAUUGGGGAGUGAUGGACCGUUACGAGGCAGAAACCCUGCUGGAGGGAAAGCCCGAAGGAACAUUCCUGCUCCGUGACUCUGCUCAGGAGGACUACCUCUUCUCUGUGAGCUUUCGGCGCUAUGGCCGGUCAUUGCACGCACGUAUCGAACAGUGGAACCAUAACUUUAGUUUUGAUGUUCAUGACCCCAGUGUCUUCCACGCUCCCACUGUCACUGUGGAGCUCAGAGAUGAUGAGAGGCUGGAUGUGGCCACUGCAGCUGGGACCACUGUGGCUCUCAUCAUGCAGGUAUUACAGGCCCUGGGGGGGAGAGGAGGACUUUACCUUUUCUUUGCCUGGAUCAACAAGCCCUGGGGGACAACCUGCUCAAGCAAAUGCUGA